AUGUUCCGCUCCGCUGUCGUCCGCUCCCUCCGGACCUCUGUCCCUCGUGCCGUCAAGACUUCGGCUCCCUUCCAGAUCCGUAGCUCUGCUGUCGCUCGCCCGGCUCAAUUCGCUCCUCGCUCCGCCUACCAGGGUGUCCGUCUCUACUCCGCUCCUGCCGGUCUCAAAAAGGAGGAGGUCGAGGGCCGCAUUGUCAACCUGUUGAAGAACUUCGACAAGGUUUCCGACGCCAGCAAGAUCAACGCCGCUUCUCACUUCACGAACGAUCUUGGUCUGGACAGCUUGGAUACCGUUGAGGUCGUCAUGGCCAUCGAGGAGGAAUUCAGCAUUGAGAUCCCCGACAAGGAGGCCGACUCCAUCCACAGCGUCGACAAGGCUGUUGAGUACAUCCUUGCCCAGCCCGAUGCUCACUGAAUACCCGCGUAAUGAGGAACCGGGAAGUUGUUGGAGGAUUAGAAUAGAAGAAAUCGAAAGGGGAUGAUGGCGUGCAUCUACAGGAAACUCGCCACUGCGG